UCUGUCAUGUGAUCAGCUGUGUCCAAUCACAGCUGAUCGCAUGUAAACAAGGAAAUGCCGGUUAUCAGCAGUCCUCUCCUCGCGCUGACAGAGCCCUGAUCAAUGCCACAUAUCAGUGCCCAUCAGAGCUGCCUUACAGUGGCAACUAUUAGUGCCAGUCAGUGCCGCCUAACAGUGCCAGUCAGUGCCGCCUAUCAGUGCCAGUCAGUGCCGCCUAUCAGUGCCCAUCAGUGCCGCCUAUGAGUGUCUGUCAGUACCGCCUAUCAGUGCCAUCAGUGCUGCCUAACAGUUCCAAUCAGUGCUACCUAUCAG